AUGCUUUCAAAUUUACUUAAACGCUCUACUGUUGGAGUUUCUGUUUACCGAAACAAACAAAUAUUUCCAAAACUGGCAUUCUCGUUUCGAUGCUAUUCGCCACCUUCAAAGAAGUUUGGACAGUCCUAUCAAGGACCUCCAAAGCUUCCCAAGGAGGAACAAGAAGAAUUUGAAAGGUUGCAAAAUAUAGCACAGUCGCAGAUUGCGAUAGAGGAAUAUAACGAUCUGGUUAAGGCUGGACAGGCAGCAGAAGGGGAAGUGUUUGCUGGAAAGGAAACACCUCCAGUAGUUGCCGUGGACGCUAACCUGGAUAUUGGAUCCUUUGCUUAUUUAAAGACAAUUCCAGAAUUUGAGGGAGAUGUCAAUCCAGUAACAGGCGAAAAAGGUGGACCCAAGCAAGAUCCGUUGAAAACUGGAGAUGAAUGGACUUUCAAUGGAAGAACCAUAGACUUUUGA